AUGGAAACAACGACAUAUGACGUUGCGAGUAGUGAACAUUCUUCCCAUAGUACAUCUGAAUCAAUGCAACAUUCAACUUCAAAAAGCACACUGGAAGACAUCCAAUCUACGUCGAUGAAAGAACCUACAACAUUUACGACAAAGUCGGCUACACAAACCACGUUGAUUGCGUCCCACGAAACGUUAUUUCACAGUCGUAGCAGUUCUUCGAAACCAUCGCAAGAAACAACAACUCACAAGUCAUAUCAAACAACUGUUGAAGAAGAACUAACAAAAGAAAGAACAACUCAUUCGUCAUAUCAAACAACAUCAAUGACAUCAGUUAAAGACGACACAACACAACAAUCAACAACUCGUCCAUCAUAUCCAAUAACAACUAUAAAGGAACAAACAGAAGAAACGACAUCUCGCCCGCCAUAUCCAACAACAUCGAAAGAGGAACAAACAGAAGAAACGACAUCUCGCCCAUCAUAUCCAACAACAUCGAAAGAGGAACAAACAGAAAAACCAACAUCUCGCCCAUCAUAUCCAACAACAUCAAAAGAGGAACAAACGGAGGUAACGACAACUCACCCGUCAUAUCCAACAACAUCUAAAGAGGAACAAACGGAGGUAACGACAACUCACCCGUCAUAUCCAACAACAUCUAAAGAGGAACAAACGGAGGAAACGACAACUCGCCCGUCAUAUCCCACAACAUCUAAAGAGGAACAAACGGAGGGAACGACAUCUCACCCGUCAUAUCCAACAACAUCUAAAGAGGAACAAACAGACGAAACGACAUCUCGCCCGUCAUAUCCAACAACAUCUAAAGAGGAACAAACAGAGGAAACGACAACUCACCCGUCAUAUCCAACAACAUCUAAAGAGGAACAAACAGAGGUAACGACAACUCACCCAUCAUAUCCAACAACAUCUAAAGAGGAACAAACAGAGGAAACGACAACUCACCCGUCAUAUCCAACAACAUCUAAAGAGGAACAAACGGAGGUAACGACAACUCACCCGUCAUAUCCAACAACGUCUAAAGAGGAACAAACGGAGAAAACGACAACUCACCCGUCAUAUCUAACAACAUUUCAAGAGGAACAAACGGAGGAAACGACAACUCGCCCGUCAUAUCCCACAACAUCUAAAGAGGAACAAACGGAGGAAACGACAUCUCGCCCGUCAUAUCCCACAACAUCUAAAGAGGAACAAACGGAGGUAACGACAACUCGCCCGUCAUAUCCAACAACAUCUAAAGAGGAACAAACGGAGGAAACAACAACUCACCCAUCAUAUCCAACAACAUCUAAAGAGGAACAAACGGAGGGAACGAUAUCUCGCCCGUCAUAUCCAACAACAUCUAAAUGGGAACAAGCGGGGGAAACAACAAUUCACCCACCAUAUCCAACAACAAUUCAUCAUAUCCAACAACAUCUAAAGAGGAACAAACGGAGGAAACGACAACUCACCCGUCAUAUCCAACAACAUCUAAAGAGGAACAAACGGAGGGAACGGCAACUCGCCCGUCAUAUCCAACAACAAUUCAAGAGGAACAAACGGAGGAAACGACAUCUCGCCCGUCAUAUCCAACAACAUCUAAAGAGGAACAAACAGAGGGAACGACAUCUCGCCCGUCAUAUCCAACAACAUCUAAAGAAGAAAAAACGGAGGGAACGACACCUCACCCGUCAUAUCCAACAACAACAAAAGAGGAAACAACGGAGGGAACGACAUCUCGCACACCAUAUCCCACAACAACAAAAGAGGAAAAAACGGAGGAAACGACAACUCACCCGUCAUAUCCAACAACAUAUAAAGUGGAAAAAACGGAGGGAACGACAACUCGCCCGUCAUAUCCAACAGCAUCAAAAGAGGAAAAAAACGGAGGGAACGACAGCUCGCCCGUCAUAUCCAACAACAUCUAAAGAGGAAAAAACGGUGGGAACGACAACUCGCCCGUCAUUUCCAAUAACAUCUAAAGAGGAACAAUCGGAGGGAACGACAACUCGUCCGUCGUAUUCAACAACAUCUAAAGAGGAACAAACGGAGGGAACGACAUCUCACCCGGCAUACCCAACAACAUCUAAGGUGGAAAAAACGGAGGAAACGACAAAUCACCAAUCAUAUCCAACAACAUUUCAAGAGGAACAGACGGAGGGAACAACAACUCGCCCAUCAUAUCCAACAACAUCUCAAGAGGAACAGACGGAGGGAACAACAUCUCGCCCGUCAUAUCCAACAACAUCUAAAGAGGAACAAACGGUGGAAACGACAACUCACCCGUCAUAUCCAACAACAUCUAAAGAGGAACAAACGGAGGUAACGACAACUCGCCCGUCAUAUCCAACAACAUCUAAAGAGGAACAAACGGAGGUAACGACAACUCGCCCGUCAUAUCCCACAACAUCUAAAGAUGAACAAACGGAGGGAACGACAACUCACCCGUCAUAUCCAUCAACAUCUAAAGAGGAACUUACCGAGCAAACAACAACUAAUUCGUCUCAUCCAACAGAAUCAAUGACCUCAACAAAGGAAGUCAACAAUAUUACAACCUUAACCAAUCCAACCAUCAUAUGGCAAACAACGACUCCAACAACUCCAAAUGUUGACACAAGUACCGGCACUGCAACUACCAUAUUACCUGUAACAAUAACUACAUCUUCAAUCUUUACUACAUCAGAGAGUACGGAUUUCAAACCCACGACGACUUAUCAGUCAAUAGCAGCAUCAACAGCUACAGCACAUGGCUCAAUCAUGCACACAAGCACAACAACGGGACAAAACGAACUUUCAGUAACUCAGCAAAACACUACACAAUUACAGACAACAAUGUCCGAAGGCACAACUCUAAAGGAAAUAACGACGAGGAUGACAGUGCUCCAAGGUACUUCAGAUAAUUUCACAGUGAGUGCAACGACCCAGUCAGAGUUAACGACGGAGAACAGUACAGUGACGGGAUUUGCAAAUUGCACAACAGAAAUGUCUGGCGCAUCUGCACAAAAUAAAGACGAUGGAGAAAGUUUUCCUCUUUGGGCGACAGUCGUAUUCGCAGUUUUCGGGGCAACAUUAGUUAUAGCAUUCUUGCUGUUGGUUCUAUUAAUUAGGGGCAAGAAGACUAGGGAGAGGACCGAAAAUGUCGAGGAGAAGUUCACUUUCAACAGUGGAAGUUUAUCUCCAUUACAGUUCUACGAUCUACGGCACUCGCAACCACGGGGGACAGUUGAUACCUUUAUACCAAGGACCGACCAUCGUUACGAUUACAGGAGAUAUAGUAACAGAAAGCCGAACUUUAAUUAUUGUUAG